GGCCUCACAACAAGUCUUAGGCCGUUCCAACGUUCAGUUUCAUUUCGCGAUUGCUCGACAGUGCAGUCAGCUUUCCCAAAGUAGCAUUUUUUAUUUCUUUACAUCACAAUUGCGGAUACAUAAGCUCCAACAGUUCCAUUUUGGAAAAGCAUUGUCUUUUUGAGCAAGUUCGUGUGAGUGCAAUGAUGAAAAUUCACCAAUAAUUUCUACUUGGUGCCCUCUUAAAUCGUGAUAGGCAUACGAAAAAUAUUCAUUUCUGGUUUUAUUUUUGGUUUUGUUUAACAAACAGUCUAUAUAAAUUUUUUUUUUUGUUGUUGCCUCUGUGUCUCGACUUUGCAAAGUGAAAACAGAAAAACUAAAAAAAAGCAACAAAUAUGGAAGACAAUUUGUGCAACCUGUGAAGUUUUAUGUUAGCUAAAAUAAAUGUAACACGGAAACUAUAGGCGGCAAAAAGGAAUUGUGAUACUAUCUUACAUGUAAUUCAUUAUAAUUUUUGAUAAGAAUAUUUACUGGGUAGCUUACUAAAUACAGUGUUGAAAGAAAAUGACUUGUGAUUUAAGAGGAAUGCUCAAUGUUGCGCAAAUCAAGGCCCUCCUCUGGAAAAAUGUUCUCGUCCGAAUACGACAGCCACUGAUGACCAUUGUGCAGUAUAUGUGGCCAUGUCUUGUAUUUAUGGCGCUAUAUACUGCACGACAACGCUUCGAAUCCACCCAAGAGGAUGCAUGUCAAUUCCCAACAAGACAACUCCUAACAUCCAAUCAAUUUCUGCACUCAAUGCACUCCUACAUCUGUACCAUCGAGAAUAAAUGCCUUCCUGUUGAAGACUAUCAAGAAAUUUCAACUUUUACGGAUGCUCCAAUAACACCAGUCCUCAACAUCGUUCAACUAUUCCUCAAUGAAGCAUCACUGUACGAUGCUGUGAUGGAUCUAUCGGAAAAGUUAGAAUUCAUUCCGGCAAUUAUUGCAAUAGCGACAAAUAAAAAAUUUCCUAUUUUGGAAGAGAACAUCAAAGUGAUCAUGAAGAAACUUCCUGAAUAUGAAAACUUGCUUGGAGCAUCUUUCGAUAUCAAGAAAUUAUUCUCAGACGACCGGAUACUAUCAGAAUCCGGUAAAAUCAUCUGUGGUAAACCAUUUCCGCGUGCUGACAAUAUUCAACUGGUUGAGCAAGUACUUAAUUCCGAAGACUUCAGUGAGGAAGAUCGUGAUGAAAUUGAUGCUAUGCCAACACAAUUCUGCAAGCAACUCUACCUAGACGUUACCAAGACGAAUUAUGGGAAGAUUACUUGGAGUUUCCUGAAGCCAGUAAUUCAAGGAAAAAUUCUUUACGCACCCAUUAGUAAGGGGAAUGAUGAGAUAAUCCAAAACUCAAAUACAACAUUCGCAGACGCUGAACGAUUGCGACAAUUGGGAAAGGCUAUCGAACGUAUAUUGGUUCAAGUGAAAACCAAUGAUGAAGUCAGAGAUAAGUUUCUCAAAUUACUCCAAUUAACCCAAUCACAAUUUGUUCAGUCCAUUUUGAACAGUGCCAAUUUGGAUCCUGCAGCCAUUGAGGGCAUUUUCAAUGGGAUUCUCUAUGAUGAUCAAAUUCUGGAAACAGUAACGUUGGUAUCUAAUGUUUCGGACUGCUUCUCUGCUGACAGAUAUGUUGGAUUGAGGACUGAGAAAGAGCUUGAGGAAGAAGCAUUAAGGCUGCAUAAGAAGAAAAUGUUUUGGGCAGCAAUUCACUUCCAACACAGGGGAGAAAAACAAUUUGGGUAUAAGUUGAGGAUGACUGUUGAUGAUACACCAAAGACUAGUGAACCGAAGAGUGGAUUUUGGUUUCCUGGACCUGAGGGAAGCUUUGAGUUGGAUCUUAAGUAUCAUAGGGGUUUCAUUCAGAUUCAGCAAUUCAUAGAAGCGGGUAUUAUUAAGGCACAGAAAACCUUACCACCUCCUCCUGUAAGUUCUGAGGACAGCGAAGAUGAUUACGAUGAUUUCGAUUCAGGACUGAGUCUGGACGAUGAUGAUGAUCUUGUGGAUGACUUUGAGCCUAAGCCAAAAGCAACAACUACUUCAAGAGCUGUAACAACAGAGUCCAUGACAACGGUUGAAAGUAGCAGCCCUGUUGAAGUUACGGAGGAUCCGCUAGAGCUAACGGAGACCCCGUUGAAUCGAUCGCGAAGGGACAUGAGCGAUAUCAUUGGAAUGAUGUUUAGCAGCGAUGACGAAAAGGAGGCAUACUAUGGAUACCAAAUAGAUACAUCACAGUAUUAUACCAAGCAAUUUCCCUACCCAAAGUAUACUAAGGAUGUCCUGAAGCGAGGCUUAUACAUGGCCCAUGCUGUUCCAAUGACCUUCUUCUUCGCCAUGAUCGUCAAUAUUGCAUUCAUCCUGCGUGAUCGUGUAUGGAUGAAAGAGAGUGGCAAUAGUUCGCUAAUGCGAUCUAUGGGACUCUUAAGGACAUCCGAAGAUUUAACAUGGUUCAUGACAUCAUUUGCCGAACUUGCCUUUGUCUUCUUCGCUGCACUCGUCAUCCUGUAUAGUGGCGGAAUUCUAAGUUCAAGUAGUAAGAUCUUCAUGUACUUCUACCUCAUGACCUACGCAAUAUGUAUCCUAGCUUUCUGCUACAUGUGCUCAACGUUCUUCGCAUCAGCCAGUAUUGCUUGUGUUUCGUCCGUUAUACUCUUCCUCUCCACCUUCCUACCGUACAUCUUGGUCAUCUUCUUUGAUGCAAAACUCUCAGCUGGAUCUCGUUUCGCUACAAAUCUCUUCUUCUCAACCGCUUUCUGCAAUGCCUGGCACUUUAUCCUCCGUUAUGAGAUUCAAUUCAAAGAUCUCUCUUUUUACAACGCCUUCGACGGUACCACUGAUGAAAAUGAAUUUAAAUACGGAUACCUCAUGAUUCUUCUGGACACUCUCAUCUACGUAAUUAUCGGAGUCGUCUGCGAGAGACUGAGGGAUAAUGAAAAUAACUUCUAUGACGUACCCACCAAAAAUCUAGAUUCUCAAACGGGAGCGGUAAUGACCAAAGUCUCCAAGUACUACGAUACAUCUAAACUGGCAGUUUCUAGUUUUUCAAUGGCCUUCAAAAGGGACGAAAUUACGUGUUUAUUGGGGAGGAAUGGUGCAGGGAAGAGUACAAUAAUCAAAAUGCUAACUGGACAGGUGUUACCAUCAUCGGGAGAACUCUACAUUCAAACCAGUAGAAACCUGAAGGGAAAGCAUGUUGGUCUCUGUUCGCAGAACAACGUCCUCUUCCCUCAGCUUACCGCUAAGGAACAUCUAAGUCUCUAUGGAGCAAUUAAAAUAGGCAAAGACUACCAUCAAGAAGUUCGUCGGAUACUUGAUGUUAUGUCCUUGGGAAAAUACGAACGCUACAUGAGCAGUGAACUAUCAGGAGGAUACAAGAGGCGCCUAUCAAUUGGUAUUGCUUUCCUAGGAUCACCAUCUCUCGUCAUCCUCGAUGAACCAUGUUCAGCCGUUGAUACGAAAGCCCGAAAGAAUAUUUGGGAACUCGUAGAGAAGCUCAAGAAGGGUCGUGCAAUUGUACUUGCAACGCACUAUUUGGACGAAGCUGAACACCUCGGAGACAAUAUUGUCCUGAUGAGCAAUGGCAAGGUCAUGACCGAAACAUCUCCCAGUGCUGUGAAAACGGAACUUACCAAAUCUUUCAUUUUGAAAGCAACCUUGCCAAAAAUGGAAGAAGAUCGUCGCUAUCAAGCAAUUGAAGAUGUAAAAACACUAAUAGAACACCAAAGUCCAAGUUGUUCUUAUGAUAUUCAAGGCAAUGAAAUCAACAUGAUAUUGCCCUAUUAUACCAAUUCAGUCUUGAAUAACUACGAACCAUUGCUAAAGACAUUGGAAAAAAUGGAAGAUGAGGGAAAAAUUGCUCAUUUUCAAGUGAUUAGCAAAAAUCUCGAGGAUGUUUUCAAUCAAUACAACACAACAGCUAAUGGGAAUCAUCACAAUGGAAUUCCCCGACCAAAUAUGGAGAAAAAAGUAAAUCUUUCGAAAGAUCAUAAACCAAAAAGUGAUGAGAAUCGACAAUUAAGUGUAAUGGAACUGGUAAAAAUUCUAUUUUGGAAGAGAAUUACUCACUUCAGAAGAAACUACCGGGUACUUGUUUCAAUACUAAUACUACCAGCAAUAUUUGAAAUGAUAGCUGUGGGUUUCAUGAAGCUUAGACCACCAGAUGAGUACGAUGUUGCACUGAAAUUCUCUCCAGAAGUUUAUGAAAAGAGCACAGAAUUCUACUCAGUGGAAAAUGGAAAUAACUUUACCACAGGGGCCUACAAUAAAAUUGUUGAACACUGUACAGGAAAUGAAUUUUGCGAAAUCUUUGAUAAUUCCAAGGAAGCAUUCAAGUGGAUCCUCAGAACCAACGAUGACUAUAUUGAACGGAGAUACGGUGGUAAUAGCUUUAAUGGAUCGAAAGCUGUCGUUUGGUACAACAACAAGGGAUAUCAUUCAAUGCCGAUAUAUCUCAAUCAACUCAACAACGCCCUUUUCAAGGAAGAACUCAAUGACACGGACUAUUCAAUUGAUGCAGUAAAUCAUCCUUUAAAAUUAGGCCAGGACAUCAGUACAACAUCCGUAUUGCAACAAGUAGCAGAUGCCGGAAUUGCCUUGAUCCUCUUGAUAGCAAUGAGCUUAGUCCUGGCCGGUGGAUCGGUUUUCAUAGUUAGUGAACGUGUUAGUGGAGAGAAGUUGCAGCAGAAACUCUGCGGUGUUACGAGAAAAAUUUAUUGGUCAGUAGCAUUUGCCUGGGACACACUUAUCUACGUGGGAGCGAUAAUUUUGGCUGUGAUAAUUUUUAAAAUAUUUGCCCUACCUAUAUUUGUGGACCGUGGUCAACUUUAUGGAUUUGCUGUACUUCUAUUCUUCUUCGGAUUUGCCCUGAUACCGACAAUUCACGUGGCUGAGAAGUUCUUCAGUGAUGCAAGUUACGCCAAUAUGACCAUUUUCUGCCUCAAUAUCAUAAUAGCUUUGGGAACUUUGGCUAUUAUUCUCUUGAUUGACAUUGUCGGAGAAUCGGAGGAAUCACUUAAAAUUCGAAACUUCCUCAAUCGUGCAUUCCUCAUACUCCCUACGCAUGCACUCAGUGAUGGAUUGUUGGAAUUGUGCAAGAACUUUAUUACUGCCCUAUUUUUCCAGAAAUUCGGCAUUGAUUCGUAUAAGGAUCCAAUUGGUUCGGAUCUUCUGGCUCCGCACCUUUCUAUGUUGGCGGUGAUUGGUGUUAUAGCCAUGGCGACAAAUUAUGUUAUCGAAAGUGGUCUAUGGAGGACCAUGUUGGCCAAGGUCUAUCAUGAGAAAAAUUUUAAUGGAGAACUUAAGAUAGUAUCAAUUCAAAAUACCAUGCAGAAGGAUACGAAAUUCAAUGCUAAGGACAAGAGUAAUUGCGUUGUUGUGGAGAAUUUAUCAAAGACGUACCGUAGAGGAGUUCUUGCACUCAAUAAUGCGAGUUUUGUUAUUAAAACUGGAGAAUGUUUUGGCCUUUUGGGGGCCAAUGGAGCUGGAAAAUCUACAAUUUUUGGCAUUCUCUCGGGUCAACUGAAGCAAACAUCGGGCACAGUUGAGUUCAAGGACUGCCAGGGAAUUUCCUACUGCCCUCAAACCAAUGCUGUUGACAAUCUCUUAACGGUCAGAGAAGUGAUAAUAUUCUACGGGAAAUUACGCAAAAUUAGUGACUUAAAUAAACUUGUUCUGACCACCCUGGCCACCUAUCACCUAGAACCAUAUGAAAAUGUUCUUGUUAAGAAUCUCAGUGGUGGAAACCGAAGAAAAUUGAGCGUUGCGGUCACGUGUAUGGGCAAUACUAGUCUAGUGUUGAUGGAUGAGCCAACAAGUGACAUGGAUCCCGUGACACGUUCUCUGGUCUAUAAAUCCAUCGAUAAUCUAAUCAGACAGAAUCGGUCUGUACUUCUAACAUCACACACAAUAUCAGAAAUCGACAAUAUAUGCCAUCGUAUUGCGAUACUGAAGAAUGGCCACAUUAUCUCAACGGGAACUCCCAGUGAGCUAAAGAUGGCUAGCGGCAAUAGCUACGCCGUCACAAUCUUCUUUGAUAAAGUUGAAAGCCUUACUAUUGAAAGGGACCUCAAACGUGAAUUUCCAAAUGUAGAAAGUCUUGUGAUUCAUUGCCAUACACUUCAAUUUAUUGUUCAAAUUAAGUCAUCAAACACAACAACAACAGAGGAAUCACCAUGGCUCUUGAGUGAACUAUUCUCAAAGCUCCACAAGUUUUGUGAUGAUAGAAAUAUAUCCUACACAGUAUCACAAUGUCUCUUAGAUAGGGUAUUCGAGAGAAUCUUGGACGAUGAACCGUCUUCCUACACCAAUCAAGCUUUCGUUCAGAAUGAAACUGUUACGUAACAUGAACUUUGUAAAAUGUUACCAAUUUUAAUUUUUCUAGUAUUGUCAUAGAGAUAAUGUGAUGGAAUGGUGAUCUAUCGGUACAUUAAUUAGUGUGUAAUUUUAUGUACAAUGAUUUGAAAAGAAUUGCAAAAGAAAAAAACAACAAAAAGAAUUUAUGAAACACGUGUUAUUUGUGAAGAACUGUAAUUAAUUGAAUUCUGUAUUGAAGUAAUCUCUUCGAUAAGCAAAGUAUCUUAAUAUUGGGAUCAACGACAAACACAAUUAGAGGUUUUUACUUGUGGCUUUUAUUUUUCUUUAGUUUUAAUUGUAAGUGUGAUUAGUGAGAGGUAGACUAUAUUAUGUUAAUUAAGGAAAACUUGUUAUUUUUGUAUUUUAUGCAAAAAAUAAAGUUACUGGGUGCCAAAAAUGUGAAAAAA